CUCUCGAGCUCAGUCUGCUGUAGGAUUCGUACGGGCGCACACACUCACGCGUCCGCUCUUAAAACAAGAAACCACGAAUAGGAAUACAAACGACGACGUUCUGUUUAUAGGAUUAUAUUCAACUCGAACAAAUUGAAAGAAGUACCAUUAGGACCGUCCUAAACUUUUCUUCGUGAUGAAUUGUGAAUAGGUCAGUGGUGGUCUAUUCAAAGUCGCCUUUAAAAGCAAAAAUACACGCAUUACUCGCAGACAUACUCUCAGUCGAGAUGAGAACCGCUGAGGAAUCUUCUGGCACUGUCCUGCACCGGCUAAUCCAGGAGCAGCUGCGCUACGGCAACCCCACAGAUACCCGCACCCUCCUGGCCAUCCAGCAGCAGGCCCUGCGCGGUGGCAGCAGCGGAGGGGGUGCUGGUAGCCCCCGUUCGUCCUUGGAGAGCCUCACCCAGGAGGAGUCCCAGUUCCUCCAGAUGUCCACACGACAGGAGCCCCAGGGCCAGGAGCACCAGGGGGACUACCAGCACUCAGAGAGCCCUGUCUGCAACCUCUACCAGCUGCACAGCGAGGAGCUGCCCACCUACGAGGAGGCCAAGGCCCACUCUCAGUUCUUGGCUGCUCAGAGAGGCCAAACGAUCAUGCAGCACAGCCAAGGCAUGGAUGUGCCCGUUCACGAUGGGGACACACACGGAGAGGGAAUGUGGGACCUAAAACGAGAGCACGCUCGGUCGCUCAGCGAGCGCCUGAUGCAGCUCUCCCUGGAGAGGAAUGGUUCCAACGAGAACCUGCCCAUGAGCUCCUCGCAUAGCUACCCCCAGCUCUCCAACUACCACUUAGGGCCCAUGUCCUACGAGGAGCCUGGGUCUCAUCCCGCACUCGACCAGAGGGGACCACCUCCAGAUUACCCCUUCCUGGUUAAGACACCUGGAUAUAUGGUCAGCCACUCGCAGGAGCAUGGACAUUACUACCAGGAGCCACCCCCACCUUUCCACUCCCAGCACCAAAGGUAUGUGCCAGCCCCACAGAUGGUUGUGCGCCAGACCGCUCUGCCCACAGUGACCCCUGCUGGUCAGGAGUACAUGAUGGCAGCCCCAGCAAUCCCUAGCAACCCUGCACAAGCUGCUCAGGUGGAGAUGUUGAUGAGGGAAAACGAGAGACUCAAAAAGGAAUUGGAGGGUUACAGUGAGAAGACAACAAGGCUAACGAAGCUGGAGCAGGAGAUCCAGAGGAUAUCGGAGGAUUAUGAGACCUUGAUGAAGGGCUCUGCGAAGAGAGAGUCCCUGGAGAAGACGAUGAGGAACAAACUGGAGGCCGAGAUCAAACGGCUGCAUGACUUCAACAGGGACCUCAGAGAUCGCCUGGAAACUGCUAAUAAGCAGCUAGCAACUAUGGAAGUAGAAGACCAGAGCCAGCAUGUCUAUGCCAAACUGGUUGAGCAAAACGAGGAGCUGCAGCAGGAGCGCGAGCGCCUGGAGCGGGAGGUGCUGCACCUGCGGGGCUGCGGCGAGGAGUGGCGUCGGCGGGGCGAGGCCCUGGAGCAGGCGCUGGUCUCGGCGCAGGCGCGCAGCCGGCAGCUGGAGGACGAGCUGCGCCGCAAGCGCGCCUACGUGGAGAAGGUGGAGCGGCUGCAGAGCGCGCUGGCCCAGCUGCAGGCCGCCUGCGAGAAGCGCGAGGCGCUCGAACUGCGUCUGCGCACGCGGCUGGAGCAUGAGCUCAAGAGCCUGCGGGCACAGCAGUGGCACUCCCAAGGCCAGGCGUGCGGUCCCUCUCAGCUGGAGAUGAGCACCAUGUCUCUGCAGCAGCAGCUGCGGGAGCGCGAGGAGCGCGUGCUGGCCCUGGAGGCCGACAUCACGCGCUGGGAGCAGAAGUACCUGGAGGAGAGCACCAUGCGCCAGUUCGCCAUGGACGCCGCCGCUACCGCUGCAGCACAGAGGGACACUACCAUCAUCAACCACUCCCCACGCCACUCGCCAAACAACAGCUUCAACGAGGACCUGCCAUCCACCACUCACAGACACCAAGAGAUGGAGAACAGAAUCCGGGCUCUCCACGCUCAGCUGCUGGAGAAGGACGCCGUGAUCAAAGUGAUGCACCAGCGGUCCCGCCGCGAGCAGCAAGGCCUGCGUCCAGCUCGCUCCGUGCCCUCCAUCAGCACCAUCCUCACGGCCACCACCGCCACCUGCAGCAUCCGCGGCAAGGGGAAGAGCCUCUCGGAUGACCAGACGGCCGGGCCCACUCUGCCGCCACCUGCUCCCCGUCUGCCCCCCACCAGAGUGUCCAGUCAGGACUGCGGCACCCAGUGCGACGUGCCCACCCCUGAGACCAGUAGCCCUGCUGUUCCCACAGCUACACCGACAGCAGCCACUUCUGAUAACUCCCAGCAGACCGCUGCUCCGGCCAGCCUGAUGAAAUGCCUGAGCGCCGACACAGAUGUGGUGGAGAUCCUGAUUUGAAAAGGAGGCCUGGGACUCUCUCCAGCGUGGCUCUGGAGCGCAGAGAAGCAGCCAGUCGGAUUAAGCGGAGCGCGGCGCUCGCCAGACCCACGCGGAAUAGCGAAGCGUCUUCCUGUUUCCAGACUCUUGUCUGUCAAAGUGGGACACAGUCACAGCGCCCCUUUUCCUCCACCUAAUCCCCCCCACCCCCACCUACACCCCCACCUCCACCUCCACCACCCUACUUAACCCAGCUCCGCAAAGGACUUCAGAGGUUAUCGAGGCAGACAAGAAAUGUCGACGAGGGUUUGUGUGCGGGUUUGUGUGCUUUUACGGGGCCGAGAUGGAUAGAAGGAAGAGGAACCCUGAACUGUCACGGUGUAGAGAGGAGAGCUGAGCUCCCUUGGACUGUUUGUCUCUACACUUAAAAACAAGCAAGCAAUACGAAGAGAAGAGAAAAGAAAAACAACAGAACAGAACAAUGAAAGACACAUCUACAACUUAGCUGGCCAGGCUCUUUCAGUGGACUGCCAGGUGCACAUGAGCCUGAUUCUUCUGAGGUACUUGGACAGUACUCUGCAAAAGUUGCAAAGGGGGCAGCUGUCACCACGCAAAACAAAACUGCAUAUGUAUAAAUGUGUAUGUUCUCCUUUUUUUUAAGUAUUGUAUUUAUAUUUAUGAUAUGCUGCUGAUGGUGUGACUUUUUUUUCUCGUUUGUGUGUGGAUGUGUGUGAAGAGUGCUGUCUGGUUGGUAUGGAAGAAUAGGAAUGACAUCCAAAUGAUUCUGAAUGUGCGUCUCAGUUUCCCUCAGUUUUAAUACGCUGCAUCCACGACUCUUCUCAGCUCCUGUUUUUAGAUCCAAAACUGAGCUGAGUUGGGUCAGGCAUUCCCAAGGAAAGACAACACCCGGCAUGGCUUUUAACAGCUUUUAUCGGCUGUCCUGCAUGUCUCGUCAGAUCCACUGCAACUGCUUGGCCCCAAAAAUACUAAGAACAGAAUAGUUUGACUUUUUUGAACCAUGGGAAAGCCAACUGGAUCAUAAUCCUCCUCUGACUUGGAUUACUUUUCCUCACCAGAAUAGUUGAGCAAAUGCCUAUCAGCUGAACCCCUGCUCUUCAAACAGACUAAAUUAACGUUACAGUUGUUGGUGUUCUUAUUAUAAUUGCUUGUCAUGUCAUGAGCGUGAGGGGGCCCCUUUUCAGACAGAUUGGGAAGACUCCUUAUUUUGAGUGGGGUGCUGCAAACCCAGGAAUGGGGUGUGGAGGUAUGCAUAUCCAUGUCCCUACUGUUUAAAGAACACUUAUGGGGGCUCAAGCGAACAUGUGGAGGCUGCUGAUGUCUGAAAUGCCAGGUUAUCUUUUCUUGUGCCCCCGGACAGUCAUUGCCCAACCGACACGCCGUUGCUAUUCUCCGCUGACAAGCCGAGGCUAAUCUUCCCACAUUCCUGCCGGCUGGAAUGGCCCUUGCUUAGAGAAAAGGGCUAUCUAGAGGGUGACCCCUUGGCCUUGAAGAAAUGGCAGGCAUUCAGAACUCUAUUCUCUUCCUGGCCGUAUUUAUUUUUUGACGGAGCCAUGGUAGCUGGUUCUACUGUGACCAUCUAAAUCGAAAAGCAGUUAAAAUAGAUAGAAAACUUCCAACCAUAUUUGGCCCUUGUUCAAUGUUCUGUUUGCCGACCCUUCCUGGGUUGUGCUGUGCAUACAUAGGGGAAGAAAAAAACGUUGCUAUCUAUACUGUUGCAAGACUCACAUUUCUGAAGUCAGAAAGGUCGUCUUUUACCCGCAAUGCGCCACUGACAUCAGGCUUUAGCUCUAGAUUAGUUAGAGGGUGAAUGUAGGGGCCUUUCAUUAUCAUCACAGAGGUCUGUGGGAAUAUCCACACAUUGGGCGAUUGGUCUAAACUGGAAUGCAGGGAGGGCUCCCUUGUUUUGAUCAGUGAUUCUUCCUGACUUCUCCAUAUGCAACAUGUUAUUUUCCUAUUCCUACCCUCUUCUCCCUCCACCCCCCUUUUACUCACAUAGCCAUUGCUGGUCGAUGAUUUGUGACGUAACAAGUUGCUUUGUGACGUAACAAUUUGCUUUCAGAAAUGCUUUUUUGUUGUUGUUGUUGUUCAAGUUAUGGACUUUGUUUACAGAAAGGGCUGUUUUUGAAACGAGAGAUGUUAAUAUAUUUUGUAUAUUAUUUUCCUUUAUUAGUAUUUAGAGAUGUGAACAUAACGCCAAAGAUUUGCAUUACAAUUAAGUUAUAUCUGAGAAUAUGAACACAUGCCGGGCUACAUGUAGACGCCUUGCUCAAGCUGGUUGACCCAUACUUGGACGUUGCUGUGAACUUCUAGGAUGGGGGGAUUUUUGUAUGCCAUUAACAUUUCAUUAAUUGAAUAAAACCUUAAUAUAUAUCUUUACAAAA